CGGCAGCAAAGUCUCAGGCAGUCGUCAAACAGCCAGUAUUAUUCACAGGCAGAAAAGCGAGCACAUCAUAAUGCCUUGGAAAGGAAAAGAAGAGACCACAUAAAAGAUAGUUUUAGUAGUUUGAGAGAUUCAGUACCUGCUCUUAAUGGGGAAAAAGCUAGUAGGGCCCAAAUUUUAAAAAAAGCCGCUGAAUAUAUACAGUUUAUGAGAAGAAAAAAUAAUGCCCACCAGCAAGACAUUGAGGACCUCAAAAGACAAAACAGUUUACUUGAAGCACAAAUACGAACACUGGAAAAGGCUAAAACAUCAAAUUCUUUUGGAUUGGAAAAUUCUGUUGGAAAGGACAGUAGUUUUAAUGAAUCUGAAUCUGAUACAUCAGACACAGAGAGUUCAUUACCAAGACGACACAAGAAAUUGAAAGUUGGGGCAUACCACUGACUAAUUAUAGCAAUGAUGAAUUAUGUGACACUGAUAAAUUGAUGUCGUAAGUGUUAAAAAUCACUUGAACAAUAUACUUGUACGUUUUUUUUUUAUUACAGAGGGUAAAAUUGUAGGUAAACAGCUUUUCUUUAUGUUAACAUCAACUAGCCAAUUAAAUACAAAAAAUUAUAUUACUCUCAAAAAACGUUAAUUAAGACAUAUAUGUACAUAAUAUUUAAUACAAAACACUUCAUUGCCCUUCUGCAGGAAAGUAUUGUAGAAUAAAUAAUACUAAAUAUUGUAUAUUCUUGUUUAGUGAUAUAUUUUAAAAAUCUCUUCCAUUGUGUUGAAACAAUGUUGUACAAUUAUCUAAAACUUAUUAGUUUAAUAAAUUUUGUUUUUAAA